GAAUGCAGCACUACAUCGUGUUGAAUUGUGGGAUACAGUGUCGCUAGCAAACAUGGCGGACGCGUUUGGAGACGGCUUGUUCAGCGUGUUUGAUGAUGAACAACAAAAUGCUACGAGCAAAAAAAUACUACCGACAGUGGCUCCAGAAACAGGACCUGUAAAUAAGAAUAGCUCAGACAAAGAUGCUGGACCUUCUCCUCGGCUCAAGAGGGAGGCAGACAGUGAUGGCGGGGAGGAGAUGGUGUUUACUAAGAAGUCUCGAAAUGAUGCUGGCUCUGCAAAUGAGUUAAAUCUUUCAGAAUUUAUGCCCCAGGUUAAAGUGGAGCAAGUUGAAACUGUGGAAGGAUGUUCCCAUGAGGUGGCUCUACCUGCCAGUGAUGAAUACAAACCUUUGAAACCUCGAGUGGGGAAAGCAGCAAAGGAAUACCCCUUUGUGCUUGACCCGUUCCAGCGUGAAGCCAUCUUAUGUAUCGAUAACAAUGAGUCUGUGCUUGUGUCUGCACACACCUCUGCUGGCAAGACUGUCUGUGCUGAAUAUGCCAUCGCUCUGGCCCUCAGAGAGAAGCAGAGAGUCAUCUUCACCAGCCCGAUCAAGGCCCUGUCCAACCAGAAAUACAGAGAGAUGUAUGAAGAGUUUCAGGACGUGGGUCUGAUGACGGGUGAUGUCACAAUCAACCCCACUGCCUCCUGUCUCGUCAUGACAACCGAGAUUCUGAGGAGCAUGUUGUACCGAGGCUCUGAGAUCAUGAGAGAAGUGGCCUGGGUUAUCUUUGAUGAGAUCCAUUAUAUGCGAGACGCAGAGCGUGGAGUGGUGUGGGAAGAGACCAUUAUCCUUCUGCCCGACAACGUACAUUACGUCUUCCUGUCAGCCACCAUCCCUAAUGCUCGUCAGUUUGCUGAGUGGAUUUGCCAUUUGCACAAACAGCCCUGUCAUGUGGUGUACACAGACUACCGUCCCACUCCACUGCAACAUUACAUCUUUCCAGCAGGGGGUGAUGGUCUCCACCUUGUGGUCGAUGAGAACGGAGACUUCAGGGAGGACAAUUUCAACACAGCCAUGCAGGUAUUGAGGGAUGCAGGGGAUUCUGGGAGCAGCAGUGGGGGCAAGUGGGACCCCAAAGGGCGCAAAGGAGGCACUAAAGGACCGUCCAGUGUUUUCAAGAUUGUGAAGAUGAUCAUGGAGAGGAACUUUCAGCCUGUGAUCAUUUUCAGCUUCAGCAAGAAAGAGUGUGAGGCCUACGCCCUGCAGGUAGCCAAACUGGACUUUAACAAAGAGGAAGAGAAGCGUCUAGUGGAGGAAGUGUUUAACAACGCUGUGGACUGUCUGUCCGACGAGGACAAGAAACUGCCUCAGGUGGAGCAUGUGCUGCCCCUGUUAAAGAGGGGAAUAGGUAUUCACCACGGAGGGCUGCUGCCCAUCCUGAAGGAGACCAUUGAAAUCCUUUUCUCUGAAGGCCUGCUUAAGGCCCUGUUUGCUACAGAGACAUUCGCUAUGGGCAUCAACAUGCCGGCCCGCACUGUGCUCUUCACCAGCGCACGCAAGUUUGACGGCAAAAAUCAUCGCUUUAUUACAUCAGGUGAGUACAUCCAGAUGUCGGGUCGUGCUGGCAGGAGAGGCAUGGACGACAGAGGGAUUGUUAUUUUCAUGGUGGAUGAGAAGAUGAGUCCUGCUGUGGGCAAACAGCUACUGAAGGGAUCGGCCGACCCUUUGAACAGUGCCUUCCAUCUGACCUACAACAUGGUGCUGAACCUGCUGCGUGUGGAGGAGAUCAACCCUGAGUACAUGCUGGAAAAGUCUUUCUAUCAGUUCCAACACUACAGAGCUCUGCCUGGUGUCGUGGAGAAGAUAAAGAAGCUGGAGGAGCAGUACCACAGCAUCGAGAUACCCAACGAGGAGAGCGUCAUCACGUACUUCAAGAUCAGACAGCAGCUGGCCAAACUGGCUAAAGACAUACAGGAGUUCAUCAACAAACCCAAGUACUGCCUGCCCUUCUUACAGCCUGGGCGUCUCGUCAAGGUCAGAAAUCAGGACCUUGACUUCGGCUGGGGGAUUGUCGUAAACUUCAGCAAGAAAUCUAAUGUGAAGACGGUUACAGAUGCAGACCCACUGUAUGUGGUGGAGGUUUUGCUCCACUGUAGUAAAGACAGUGUGAAAGAUGCUGCAACCGAGGCGGCCAAACCUGUGGCUCGAGGAGAGACUGGAGAGAUGCAGGUGGUCCCUGUGAUGCUCAGUCUCCUGACGUCCCUCAGCUCUGUUCGUCUGUACAUCCCCAAAGACUUGAGACCCUUUGACAACAGACAGCUGAUGCUGAAGUCUAUACAGGAGGUGCAAAAACGUUUCCCUGAUGGCCUUCCUCUGCUGGAUCCCAUAGAUGACAUGGGCAUCAAAGACCCCUCACUGAAGAAAGUCAUCCAGAAGGUGGAGGCCUUCGAGCAUCGCAUGUACUCCCACCCUCUGCACAGUGACCCAAACCUGGAGUCUGUUUAUUCUCUGUGUGAGAAGAAAGCUGUGAUCGCAGCAGAUGUGCGAACAGCCAAGAGAGACCUGAAGAAAGCACGCACCGUCCUGCAGAUGGACCAGCUGAAGUGCAGGAAGAGAGUCCUGCGGCGCCUGGGCUUUGCCAGUCCCUCUGAUGUCAUCGAGAUGAAAGGCAGAGUUGCGUGUGAAAUCAGCAGUGCUGACGAGCUCCUGUUGACAGAGAUGGUUUUCAACGGCCUCUUCAACGAUCUCACCGUAGAACAAGCCACAGCGCUUCUGUCCUGCUUUGUCUUCCAGGAGAAUGCCAGUGAGAUGCCAAAACUGACUGAACAACUGGCCGCACCUCUGAGACGAAUGCAGGAGUGUGCGAAGCGCAUCGCCAAAGUGUCUGCGGAUGCCAAGCUGGAGACGGACGAGGAGUCCUACCUGAACCAGUUCAAACCCCAUCUGAUGGACGUGGUCUUUGCCUGGGCCAACGGCGCCACAUUUGCUCAAAUCUGCAAGAUGACAGACGUCUUCGAAGGGAGCAUCAUCAGGUGCAUGCGGCGUCUGGAGGAAGUGCUGAGACAGAUGUGCUCUGCAGCCAAGGCCAUCGGUAACACAGAGCUGGAAAAUAAGUUCGCUGAAGCGAUAACGAAGAUCAAGAGAGACAUCGUUUUUGCUGCCAGUCUGUAUCUAUGAAGAGCUGAUGAUGAGAGGAAACGUCACUUCGUCAAUAGUCUCUCUUGUCCAGGACUGUAUCGAGGUCGAUAUUGUUCAACACUGUUCAAGUGUGUUUUGCAGAACUUUUUUUCUUCCCUUGAGAUAAUUCGUGGAAACAACUCUUUUGUAAGUCAAGGAUGUGCUUAGCAACAAAAAAACAAGUCGGGCUUUAAUUUUAUGAGAAAACUUAAAAUGACAACUAACACAAUCUUGAUGUUAUUGAUAAGCAUCAUUUCUGCUUCUUAUUAGACAUCUGUACAUACUUUGUAACACAUAUUUUCAAUAAAAGUCUGUAUGUCGACUUAUUUCUAACAUACAGAUUAUACAAAAAC